GCCAUCUACGAAGGAAGCAAGGAAGUUACGCUGGAACUGCCGCAACUGGAACAGCUCCCAGACGACGUUCUCGGACAAAAGCUCCAGCUCCUGCUCCUUCAGCCUGCAGGACUUCCCUUGGAGGCGAUCUUCCCUUACACUAAGGUCGGCAUCAAGAUUUGGCUGCCCCCUGGCUACCUCGCAGAUGAUGAUAGCACUGAGCUGCCCUCGUUUGAGCUGAACUCGCAGCUCUAUAGUCCGGAAUGUUUGCAGCAUUUUGAAGAGGAGCUCAAGACACUUGCUGAAACACUUUGCGGCUCGCCAGUCCUCUUCAGCUGGUCGCUGAAUUUCCCAAGCUCAGCAGAAGCUUCCUUCAGCGAGAACACAGCGAUAGCAAGAGCACGUGGGGUGGCUGCACAGCGUGACAGGAAAAGAAAAGAGGAAGAAUCCUUUUGCCACUUGCAGCAGCGCCUCCUCUGCUCAACGGUAACGGGUUUCGAGGUAGUUCGAGUUCCGGGUUUCUCCAGAGCAGAUGCGUUGUUUCAGCGGAAGGGCUCCAGCGCUGGUGGCCUCCCUCUACAACUGAAGGCCGCGAGCGCGUCAGGGCUCGGAGACAAGCCGAUUUUUUGCUUCAAGAAGACCGCGGGCUAUGACGGAAUGUUGCUGAUUCUAGUUGCUGUUGAUUAUGGCAUUGUUUGGGCAGUUCCUGGGGCAGCCGUGACCCAGCAAAGCUUCAACAUUCAGCUGGGUUCCAGUCGCGAUGAAUUAUUUCGCGUGACAGAUGUCGGCCAUGCUUUGGUGGAGUGCUUCAGGCGUGCAGCUGAUUUUCCUCACAUUACCCUGACACAAGCAGGUCUGAGGUGUGAGGCCAGAACCCACAGAUUGGAAAUGAACACCCACCUCCAAAUGGCAGCUUUCCUUGCGAGCGUCGGCUAUAUCCUCAAGAAGAACUUGGAGGUGGCCAGCGCAGUAGAUUCGAUGCUGAGUGGUGGUGGCAAGAGCUGGCGCGUUCAGGAGAAAGCUUCGCACCUGCACAGUCCUUCUAAUGCCUACACGAUAAACCUGCGGAAGCAUGCUGGAGUCUUAGGGAAAGUUGCAUAUUCUGCAUCCGACUUUGACUUGCUCUUGGCUGCAGUGCUUCAAGAUGGGAACCUUGCAGGCAUGUUCCUACUGCCGUCUACAGUCUUGGGCCAGCACAGGCUGGUUGGCUACAAGCCAACAGAAUUGCGCUUGGUCCCACCUUGGGCGCCUUGCGCACGGCAUGCCACCAAAACUAAGUACGCAUGGCAGUUAGAGUACUAUGUUGAUUUGUGUGGCGCAUCGGUGCCGGCCAUGCCUCCAGAACACGUGCGGAGCCGUCUCGCGCAGGUGUUGCAGGCUGUGCAAUACAUCUGGCAAGCAGAUGAGAAGAAUGGAGUCGCGACAGCCCUGCGGAAGAAGAGUUGUCCACCACCCGUGUACUGA